AUGGCAGAGGAGUCAAAACCCAAGGUUGGAACUGAUGCCAAGGUUGUUGUGGCGAAGAAGUAUACAGGCGAAUACUAUGUUUUAGGUAUGGUACGGGACAGGAAAUCUUUUGCCAUAGAGCAUUCACAUGCUCGUCAAAAAAAACAUAGCGCAGAUGAGUUUUGUAUUGGCGAUAUAAUUGGAAGAGGUGCCUUUGCUGAGGUUUACCAGUGCUGGAGGCCAGAGGAACCCGAUGUCGUGUACGCAAUGAAAAAAAUAAGGAAGGAUCUGAUCAUACAAAGACAACAGUCUUUAAAUAUUCACACUGAACGUGACCUUCUUUCUGAUGCCAAGUCACGUCUGAGGCAGGUUAGUUCCCCAUGGAUUACCGACCUUGUUGUGAGUUUUCAGGAUCAGGAUUACUUAUAUAUAGUGACUGAAUACUGUUCGGGUGGGGAUAUGAUUUCAUGGCUUAUACGUCAUGAUAUUUUCCCGGAAGAUGUAGCUAAGUUUUAUAUAGCUGAGCUAGUUUUAGCCUUGCAUUCUCUGCACAAGAUGGGUUAUGUUCAUAGAGAUGUCAAGCCGGACAAUAUUCUUAUUGAUCGUGACGGGCAUAUAAAACUUGCUGAUUUUGGUUUGUCAAAAAGGGAUCCACAAUGGCUUGAAGACCUCUGUCAAUCAGAUUUUGAGAAUACUAGUGAAAAAGAUGUCGAUAUGAUGAGACGAUUUAAGAAUAAGAAAGAAAGAAGGGCCAUGUUCUUUUCUACGGUCGGCUCUCCAGCUUACAUUGCUCCUGAGGUUCUUCAAAGCCGGGGGUACACCUAUUCAUGUGAUUGGUGGGGUGUGGGCAUCAUUCUUUAUGAAAUGUUAUGUGGUUAUCCACCAUUUUUCAAUGAUAGCUCGGCAGGAACUGCAAAAAAGAUAGUUCAUUUUAAAGAAUACCUGGAGUUUCCUCAAGAACCUGAGGCACUUUCUUCCAAUGCGGUUGAUUUAAUUUCACACUUGAUUGCUGAUCCUGAAGAACGUUAUGGAUGUGAAGAGAUAUUGCGUCAUCCAUUUUUUGAUGGUGUACCUGUUUCGGACAGUAUUCGUCAUGAAAAGGCACCUUUUUCUGUUGAGAUAACUCAUUCAAAAGAUCGCCAAUAUUUUGAACCAGCAUCUGAUAAUGCUGCUAUUCAAAAACAGCCUCUUGUUACGGUGUCGCGAGAAGACCAAGCUGUGUUUGUAGGCUUUACAUCCAAAUUGAGCGAUAGGGGCCAAUCAACAACACUCUCUGGUGCUCUUGGGAGAUUUCAUGAGUUGCAAGAUUUUUCAGAUGAGGAUUAG